CGCUGCGGUCUGGACAUUAUCGAUCAAUCAGCCGUGCAGCACACGUCAUACAUUCUGAGGUAUUCUGUCCUGGAAGAUUCUUUCUCGGGGAUCAGCGUUAUUCAGGAACCUGCGUUCUUCACACAACCGCACAUCUAGUGCAAUCCUCAACAACUACCUACCUAUCUCGCCCCAGCCUCCGCACAUCGACCACCAUCCAUACCAACUAUACAACGAACCCAUAAAUACACUGCUACAAUAACAAUUCAUGCCCCCCCGCCGCCGCCCCCCAAGAGGGGGCUCACGAACCGAACUCCCUCCCCUCAAAAUCGUCCGAAAAAUCCUCCUCCUCCAACUCGCCUACUAUGUCACCGCGACGGUCCUAAUCCUCUUCACGACGGUCGUUUACGGCACCCCGUUCUCCCUGGACCUCGUGUUUAGCUGGAAUGCCGUUCGCGGAGAUACCACUAUCGGAUGGAUGUUGGGGUUGGUUUGGAUACUGAGUAGUGGGAUUGGGGCAAUAUUCCUCCUCCUCCUCGUCUCGCGCUCCAAACUCAUCCCCGAUUUCGCCCUCACAUUACACUUCCUCCAUCUCAUCGCCACAACCCUGUAUUCGCAUUCCGUGCCCGCGAAUUGGCUCUGGUGGGGAUUGCAGGGUGCGAGUGCGGCGUUUAUGACCUUCCUGGGGAUUUGGGCGUGUCGAUGGAGGGAGUUGCAGCCGAUUAAUUUUGGGGGGGGUUCUGGGACUUCGGGGAGUGGUGGUGCUGCUGCUGGUGGUGCUGCCGGGGAGACGCAGAGUGGUGUGAGUGGUGGGGAAGAGUCGUUUUCGUUUUCGUUGUCUAAGGGGAGGGGAAGGGGACGGGGCUUGGUGUUGGGGAGUGGGAGUGGUGGGAAUGGUGGUGGUGCUGGUGGGAGUAGUGGUGGGGGGGAUGAGUAUGAGAUGGUGGAUAUGAAGGGGGAGGGGGCGGUAUAGAUCUUUCCUUCUUUGUUUUCUUUAUUGGGGGUGGAUGUGAAUUGUGGGGGGUGCAUGUAUGCUUGUUUGUCUUGUUUUCUUUUCUUAUGUAUACCCUAGUUGCAUUGAUGGCGUUGUCAUUUGUGUCGUUUUCUCGGUGUAUCAUCUUUGUGAGAUGGGAUAUAUCAUGAUGCUGAUACUAUGAGUGGUUGUGCCUAUGGGUGGAAAUGUGCUUGUAUCUAAAGACAAGAUAUAAUGUUCAUGUUCAUAAGGUUUCAUUAGAGAUAAUACAUGAUGAAAGAUGUC